AUGUCUAGGGAGAAACGCCAUCAAUAUCUAGUGGCAUCUAAUCUGUGUCAAAUUGGAGAGUGGAACCACUUCAAAAUUGCCUGAGAAAACGGUGGAAGAUCGGAGAUGGCAUCUUCCGAGUCCGAGGGCAUCAGUCGACUGCUGAACCCAUUCGUCCUCCAUCUGAAGAAGUUGGAGUUGGAGCUCAACUGCCCGACCUGCUUGAAUAUUUUGAACCAACCGAUGUUGUUGCCUUGUGAUCAUAUUUUGUGCAGUUCUUGUAAUGGGAUAUCAAUAAAUGAUGGCUACAGUUGUCCUAAUUGCAGACAACCUUAUGAACAAAAAGAUUUGAGGCCUGCCACUCAUAUUGAAAAGUUUCUUACUAUUUACAAAAACAUGAGUUCAGCUAUAUCAUCUUUGCAGCGAAGUUCUUCAUUUGACUUUUUUGGCUUGGAUGUACCUACUCCCAUCUCAUGCAACAACAAUCUUGAGAAGAAGCGCACUCAUUUUACUGGAGCUGACAAUUUUGUUGAUCAAAUACAAUUAAGUCCUUCAAUUGAUAAUUUUAGAGAUUCUGAUAGUGACAGUUGGGAUGAAGGGCAACUUGCUGUAAAGAGGAAGUUCGCUGAUAUGUCACCAGAGGAAGGCUCUAACUGUGGCACUAAGCAUACAAAGUUCAAUGAUUCUGUAGAGUUGAAUGAUCAGUUGAAAAAUGUCUCGAUGGGAGGGAAUACCAAAGCUGAUUUGGAUGGAAGUACCAUUGAGACUUGUAUAUUUUGUCAUUCCUUCAGAAAUACUGAGGCUUCUGGAGAAAUGCUACAUUAUUUGAAUGGAGAACAAAUAUUUGAAAAUCAAGCCUCACAACCUAAUGUCCUACAUGUGCAUCGUAAAUGCAUAGAUUGGGCUCCUCAAGUAUAUUAUUCUGGUGAGAAGGUUGUGAAUUUGGAGGCUGAACUUGCACGUUCUUCCAAGAUUAAAUGUUGUAGUUGUGGAUUGAAGGGAGCUGCUCUUGGUUGCUAUGUCAAGAGCUGUAAAAGAAGCUUCCAUGUUCCAUGUGCAUAUCAAAUACUAGAAUGUCGCUGGGAUACUGAAAAUUAUCUUGUGCUCUGUCCGACUCAUGCUUCGAGGAGAUUACCUUGUGACAAACCGAAGACAAAGAAAUCUAAUAGUGCAUUAGUCGAGCCUUUGGUUUCAUCGGAUUAUGAUACAUUAUCUAAUGCAAAACGACCUCACACAAUUUGGAUGUCCUCAUCUAGUCUAAGCAAGGAUUGGAUGAUUUGUGGAUCUGAUCUAUCCAAGGACGAGAAGGUAAUUUUGGAGAAAUUUGCUAGAUUGAGUGGUGUGCUGGUAACUUAUCAAUGGAAGCAGAAUGUGACCCAUGUCAUUGCCGCUACAAAUGAGGAUGGAGCCUGCAUCAGAACAAUGAAGUAUCUCAUGGCUAUUCUGAAUGGUAGAUGGGUUCUAAAUAUGGGCUGGAUCAAAGCAUGCUUGGAAGCUGAACACCUUGUUCCCGAAGAGAAUUAUGAGAUCACUCAUGAUACCUAUGAUUGCAUCAAUGGCCCAAAAAAUGGAAGGAUUCGAGCCAUGCAAAAGUCUCCAAAGGUUUUCAACAGACUAGCUUUCCACUUCAGUGGUUUCUUCGAACCUUCCUAUAAAUGUAACCUGGAAAACCUUGCAACUGAAGCUGGAGGCCAGGUUUUAAGCAAGUUUCAGUUGCAGAACUUGAGCUCGAGCAUCCCUUCCUCAGUUGCUGGAGAGAUUGAAAAAACAUUAAUCGUUUAUUCUGUUGAACCUCCCAAGGAUUCCAAUCCUUCGAAAAUCGACAGAGUAUUACAAGAGAGGCUUGAGACUGCAGAGGCAUUAGCUCUGAAGGUAGGAAUUGUUGUUCGUCAUACAGUAUUCCUUAAUGCUAUUGCUGCUAAUGAUCUACAAAUGUUGUAUGAGAAAUCAUGAUGGGACUCUAUCCAUGGAUUGUAUAAUUUCUUGAACCUUUUUGAAUGGGUCUCUAUCCCUUUAAGAAAAAAAAAAUCUUUUUGUUA